AGCUUCUUCUUUCUUCUUUUCUGUUUCUGGUCGCUCGCUGCCACCAAGACUUUCUCUCUCUCUCUCUCUCGAAUUAUCGAUCUGGUGAAUCUCUAGCGGUGCCGAUUCAGCGGAUCCGGUUUGAUCUCCCUAGUAGGCUUGCGUGAUUCUUACUUAGGUGCGUUCUCGGGGUUAUGCAUUUGAUCGAGGGUGGAAAUCGAAACUAGAUCUGCAAUGUUCUAUGGCACAGCUGUAUGGGACCCUUGGCUUAUCGUUGGCCAGAUUAUUUGCCUCCAGUGCUCUUACUAUCUCACUCUUGGUCUCUUCACCAUGGUCUUUCUUGGCCUUCGUGUUCCUCGCCUUAGUCUUGUCUACUUCUUCGAUUACGCUACUCUCACUACUUCCACCUUCACCGGUUGGUGUGUCAUUGCCUCUUUCCUCUUCUCUUCACUCGCUGGGGCUGUCUACAUGAUAUUUUUGGUGGAACGAGCACGGAAAUGCUUAGAUUUCUCCGCAACUCUCUACAUCAUUCAUCUCUUCUUUUGCAUCAUGUAUGGCGGAUGGCCUUCCUCUAUGGCAUGGUGGGUUGUUAAUGGAACUGGUCUCGCUCUUAUGGCUUUGCUAGCUGAGUAUUUGUGCAUUAAACGCGAACAGCAAGAGAUUCCUAUGGAUCGGUUCCAUUCAAGGGUUUGAAGAUUGGUGUAUGAACAAGUGAUGCAGAUUCUUGUAUCAGGGCGGGCGACUCAUACUAGUACUCUUAACAAUUGUCAUGUACAGAGAUGAAAUCAGAGGAGUAGAAUGGGCAAAAAGAACUUGAGCCAGCCAGCCAAGUAACCAUGUUGAAGCACCAACUCUGACUGACUGCAGUUUUGUUGUGACCUCAAAAAUUAAAACAUUGGAAUACGUACGUUUCAAUUUGUUCUUCUGUAUGAAAAAACCUAAUAGGUUAUUGAUUUCAUGUUGCUUCUUUUUUUUAUAUACUGGAUCUUCUCUCCUC